AUGGAGGCAUUAGCCUCGAUUGGGGCUGCGAGCUCAAUUCUCCAGCUCCUAGACUUCACCAUCAAACUUAUCAAGGCCGGCAAAGAGGUUCGAGAGAGCGGAUGCACACUGCAAAAUGAAGCCCUGGAGAGCAUUUAUGAACGAAUGCAGACAUUUCUGACGCCCGUUGCCGCCAUAGCAUCGACACCAAUUACCAUGAGAUUCUCGUCCGAGAUCACCUCAUCGGCCCGAUGCGCGCUGCAAGACUGUCGUGAAGUACUCUCGUAUCUGCGGGAACUGAAGAUCAAGAACGGUGGGAGGAAAACGUUGGGGAGUGUGAUAGUGGCUUUCAGGUCAAUCCUAAAGCGGAGGAAGAUCGGCGAGAUUGAAGGGCGACUGAAGAUGAGGUUGAAUGCCAUAUCUCUCGAGAUGAGCCAAACGGCCUGUCUAGAGAUCCAAAGGCUAAGGGCGGAGACCAACUCACUGGCGGUUAAUGGUAGGCUAGCCGCCGACCGCGAUUUCAACAUGCUGUUGAAACGCCUUGAGGAUCUCCACAUGGAGGUUAAAGACGCCGAGCAACCAAAAAAAGUCAAAACACUGUGUCAGGUGGCCAAGCAACUCAAAGAACAGACGGAAACGUUCAGCUUGAUGUGGCUCAACGACAAAUUCCUCAACAGCCUAUCCUUCCGCUGCCGCGACCGCCGCCACGAAGCGAUCCCGGAUAAUUACACAAACACGUUCAAGUGGAUAUACGAUAUUCCUCAUUUCCGGGACUGGAUGGAGCAUGGUUCAGGAAUCUUCUGGAUUCAUGCAAAACCGGGUGCUGGCAAGUCGACGCUGAUGAAGUUCUUGGCCGACAACGCGCAAACCCAGGAGCAUCUAGAUGUGUGGGCAGCACCAUCCAAAACAACCAUUGCCGCACAUUACUUCUGGAACCAAGGAAGCCCCAUGCAAAAGUCGAUGCUCGGGUUACUGCAAACUCUUGUCUCGGAAAUCCUCCACAAAGCACCGCACCUUGUCCCCCUGGCAAUCCACAGUCUUCAAGCACUAAUAGCACCGGCAGAUGAACCUGUCGACUUCUCCAACCUCGACCAUGCGCACGCGGUCCGCAUUUGCGGUCGACUCGGACUUCGCGGAUCUCACGUAUGGACAAUGAAAACCUUAUCCUGGAUCCUCCAAAGCUUGGCUCAGAGCGAUACUGGAAAUGUCAAGUUGUGUCUUUUCGUGGAUGGUCUCGACGAGUUUGAGGGCAAUCACCAGGAGGUGUGCGCAAUUCUGGGCUCUCUGGGAGCCUCGCGGCAUAUCAAAUUAUGCGUGUCUAACCUCGGCGAUCUCUUCAAGCACAUCCUACAUCGUAUCGAUUCAGUAUAUGCGCAGAAGUCUGCCGAACUCCUCCAGAUCGCCUUACAUGACGACAUUUCGGCCAAGCUUCCACCCGAGGCAUAUUAUUACCACGAGCAAAAUUCUGAACAAGAUGAUCCAACCGUUAUGGGGCCAGUCGGCAAUCUCAGCGUCGAGGAAUUAUGGUCUACAAGACAGCUAGCGAGUCGACGCAUCACGGCCCUUAUCGGUGAUCUUCUAGAGGACAACUUUCAUGGUCCAUUCGCUGCACCAACAGUAGAGUCUCUACAUCGAACAGUCGACGAUUUCCUUAGGACGGAGGGCAUCACAAAGGAUAUCCGCUCCCGAACGGGGCCAGAGUUUGACGUCCACCUCGCGCUCACGAAGCUUAACGCGAUUUUGAUCCGAUCCGCCUCAAGCUCGGACUACGAGGAUCGGAUAUGGUCAUUAAAGCGCGUCUCUGCAAUCAUGAACGAUAACAUCCCCCAGGUCUCUGAAGGUUACAACACUCGCUUAGCAUACAGAUACUUGGAUGUGAUUGAUCAUCACAUAGCCGGUUGUUCCGAGGUCGAAUUUGACCUCCUCGACUUCAGAACCACGCUUUUAGAAUCCCGGUUGUUCGAAUACGUCUCGGAGAAAGUAUCAAGGAACAACAGAUACUUUUUGGACGUGGACAUCGACCCAGAGGAUACCCUUCGAGAUGCAGAGGACCGUUCCGCUGCAUCCACAAUGCUUCGCAUAAUCGUGUCCCAUUCUUGUGUAUCCAUGUCGGGCAAGUCGGUCGAGUCUCCAGCCAGGUGA